UGCCGAGUCGCGCUGCGCAAGCGUGUCGUCCUCCCCGCUCGGCUCGCUUUCGACUGCAGUGCCCGUGGCGCGGAGGUGGAGAGGGCUGGCGCUGGCGCAGGCAGGACAGGAGGACGGCGCACAAUAAGGAUGCGGCGGGUGGAACCAGACUUACUCGGCGGCGUCAUCAUUAUUAAUUAAAAGCGUGCACUGACUCGGUCAACAAGGGGGCUAUUUUGGAGAAACUGGGAAUCAUCCGCCAAAUGAAGUUGGUCCAAAUUACAGCUGAAGUUAUUGCUGCACUGCUGUGCAACAAGAGAAAUCUGAAUAUUAUAGACACAAAGUUUGACAAUGUGCCUGUGAGAAUUUACCAGCCCAAAUGUCCAGCUAGUGGACCCAGGAGAGGAAUUAUCUACUUCUUUGGAGGAGGUGGCUUGGCAGCAACUAUUAAAUCCUACCAAAUAGUGUGCAGCCAUUUUGCAAGAGAUAGUGAGUCCACACUUGUGUGCAUUGGUCAGCGUUUGGCACCUGAGUAUCCAUACCCAGCACAGCUGCUGGACGGUAUAGCGGGCACAGAACACUUUCUGAAGAAUGCAAGUCAAUAUGGAGUGGACCUCAACCGCAUUAUCGUUGCGGGUGACAGUAGUGGAGCCACUCUCGCCGCUUUAGUUUGCCAGCAUUUGGUGGCUAAACCAGAGCUCCCAAAGGUUCGAGCCCAGAUGCUCUUCUAUCCAUGCCUCCAGGGUCUGGACUUUAAUUUGCCUUCUUAUCAACAGAAUCAAUCGAUUCCCUUCUUGUACAGGAAGCGGUCCAUUAAAUUUCUUCUCCAGUAUAUGAAUGUACCAAAUGCAGAUGUUGAUGGGAUCUUGAAGGGUGCCCACGUUCCUGAAGAAGUGAAGGCCAAGUACAAGAAAUGGAUUCAUGCAGAUCACAUUCCCGAUGAGCUGAAGGUCAGGGGCUAUGUGCCACCCCCGCCUGUCCCAUUUUCAAAAGAGCUGUUCAAAAGCAUGGAACAGCUUUUUGAACCACAGUGUUGUGCCCUUUUGGCAGAAGAUGCCGUUCUGCAGGAGCUGCCCGAGACAUACAUUCUCAGCUGUGAAUUUGAUAUCCUUAGAGAUGAUUCCGUGUUGUACAAAAAACGGCUGGAGGACAAUGGUGUGCCGGUGACUUGGAAUCACGUAACGGAUGCAUUCCAUGGAAUCCUGUGUGCAGUCAAUGCGCCCAUCCCAUUGCCAUGUGCAGAGCGUGCGGCAAAGGAUAUCAUAAACUUUAUUAAAGCGAUUUAAGGAAAAUGCCA